AUAAAUUUACUGACCUUAUGGUUAAAGAUGACAAAACUGGGACUUGCUAUCGUGCCGAUCACUUGCUCAAGGACUUCUGCAGUGAAAAGCUUCAAAAAGACCUUUCCAUAACUGCCAAGGAGGCUGCAGAACUGAAGCGCAUACUUGCUGUUUUGGAUGAUCUUUCAGCUGAAGAGCUGGGUGCCAAACUUAAGGAGUAUGGCAUUACAGCUCCAGACACUAAGAAUCCACUUUCUGAUCCAUAUCCAUUCAAUCUUAUGUUCCAAACAUCAAUAGGCCCAUCUGGCUUGAGCCUUGGGUUCAUGCGGCCAGAAACUGCACAGGGCAUAUUUGUUAACUUCAAAGACUUGUACUAUUACAAUGGGAACAAGCUUCCUUUUGCUGCUGCUCAAAUUGGCCAGGCUUUCAGAAAUGAGAUUUCUCCUCGACAAGGGCUUUUGAGAGUUCGUGAAUUUACACUUGCUGAGAUUGAACACUUUGUGGAUCCCGAAAACAAAUCUCACCCAAACUUUGUAGAAGUUGCAAAAUUGGAGUUUCUAAUGUUCCCAAGGGAAGAACAAAUGUCUGGCGAGUCUGCGAAGAAAAUUUGUCUAGGUGAUGCAGUUGUCAGGGUUUGUUUACAUAACUUUUAUUCAAUAUCUUCUUUUCUCUGCUCCCUUGUCUCUAAGCAUGUGAUGAUGAUUAUAGUGCUAUAUAGUUUCUUCUUCUUCAUGUUUGAUUUACUAAUUGUGUCAUAG